AUGGGUCUUCUUCACAAACCAAACCUCUCCUUUGUGAUACUCCUACUCCUUGGUUUCCUCGCCGUCUCUUACGCUACUAAUUGUUCUGAUCCUCCCAAAACAUCUCCACCCCCGUACACUCCAUCACCUCCACCACCGUACGUCAAGCCAACUCCACCACCCCCACCACCGUACGUCAAGCCAACACCACCACCUCCACCACCCUACGUCAAGCCAACUCCACCACCUCCACCACCCUACGUCAAGCCAACUCCACCACCUCCACCACCGUACGUCAAUCCAACUCCACCACCUCCACCACCGUACGUCAAGCCAACACCACCACCUCCACCACCGUACGUCAAGCCAACUCCACCUCCACCACCGUACGUAAAGCCAACUCCACCACCUCCACCACCGUACGUCAAGCCAACACCAUCACCUCCACCACCGUACGUCAAGCCAACACCACCACCUCCACCUCCGUACGUCAAGCCAACUCCACCACCUCCACCACCCUACGUCAAGCCAACCCCACCACCUCCACCACCACCACCAGCCCCAUGUCCUCCUCCACCUCCAUCGUACGCACCAACCCCUAAACCGAAGACUUGCUCAAUCGACACGCUUAAGCUAGGUGCGUGUGUGGACGUUCUAGGCGGUCUAAUUCACAUCGGACUAGGGAAAAGCUACGUUAAAGCGACUUGUUGUCCGGUUCUUCGCGGUUUAGUGGAUCUUGACGCAGCGAUUUGUCUCUGCACCAGUAUUAGAGCCAAACUUCUAAACAUUGACCUCUUUAUUCCCAUUGCUCUUGAGCUUCUUAUCGACUGUGGUAAGACUCCACCUCGUGACUUCAAGUGUCCUGCUCCACAAUAA